UGAAGACCUCAUCGAUUGAUGUUGCAUGGUAAAUUGAACCAAGCUGCCACAAAGAGUUAUUUUUUUUUUGAUCGAUACACACCAGUUUAUAUACAGUUCAAUUUCCGAUCACCUAAUGUGGUACUGAUGCCUUUUUGACGGUUGGUGAAGAGUCUGCUGUAAGCCGUUACUGACCAAUAGCUAUACAAAUUUCAGUCUUCAACAGAGAAGUUUAUUUUUUGACUACAUUGGAUGUAAAGUGCAGUUGGAAUGGAAGAUUAGGUAUGACAGUGAAAAAGAAGAUCGUUAUUUCUGUCAUCAUUGCCUGUGUUUUUUUCCUCAUUUUACUCUGCAACUUGGCCUACCAUUCAAACCAUGAUCUGCUUUGCUAUGUACGACCAAAAACCCGUUUGGGGGAUAGUCAACGUAAAGUACUGCAGGAUAUUGAUAUGGAUGACGACUCCAUGGAUCUAUUUCACCCAAAAGGAAUGAAGCGACGUUUACCACAAGCAAUUAUUAUCGGUGUUAGAAAAUGUGGUACACGGGCAUUGUUGGCCAUGUUGAAACUACACCCGAAAAUUCAAGCAGCUUCAGAUGAGAUUCAUUUCUUUGACCGAGAAGAAAAUUACAGCCGUGGAUUGGAUUGGUAUCGUAGGCGUAUGCCGUACUCAUUCCCAGACCAGAUCACUAUGGAAAAGAGUCCGGCAUACUUUAUUACAGAUGAAGUGCCAUCAAGAAUUUAUGAAAUGGACCCGUCUGUGAAACUGGUGCUUAUUGUACGAGAACCAACGACUCGGGUCAUCUCUGAUUACACCCAGAUUCAUUCUCACAAAACUGAUAAAAAUAAACCGCAUUCAAAAUUUGAGGAGCUUGCUAUACAAGAUGGUGAAGUAAGCAUUAAAUUCAAAGCGGUACGAACUAGUAAUUAUGCUAAGCAUUUUGAUAAAUGGCUCGAUGUGUUCCCCAAAGAUCAAAUUCAUGUGGUGGACGGAGAUAAGCUUAUCUUAAAUCCUGUGCCCGAACUACAGAAGGUAGAAGACUUUCUGGGACUAGAUCACAAGAUAACUUAUGAUAAUUUCUAUUUUAAUGAAACUCGGGGUUUCUAUUGCAUGAAAGAUGACUUGAUGAGCAAGUGCCUCUCUGAGAGUAAAGGACGCCCACAUCCUUACAUAGAACCAUGGAUUUUACAGAAGCUUCACGAGUUCUACCGACCUCAUAAUGCAAGGUUUGAAGAGCUUGUCGGGAUGAAAUUUGAUUGGCCACAAUGA